AUGCCUCGAUCAAAGUAUAAUAAACCUUUUGAAUGUACUAUUUGCAAAAAAAAAUGUUACAAAUCUGCAGCAGGGCUUUCACGACAUGAAAAUGCAGAGCACGGUAAUUACAUUAUACCUCCUAUUCAACACUAUAUUUUGCCUGAAAAUGCUAUUAGCGAAUGGAAAGAAAUGCUAGUACAUGCUAUUCACAAACGACUUCCUCUAGCUUUUCGAAAAACUGGGAAACAAGUAAUCAAAUUUCCAUGUAUGGAGGGACAAUAUUUAGGACUUUUCAGGCAAUAUUUAACGCGUGUAUUUGUUCAUAAAAGAGCAUAUAAGUGCAUUUUUUCGGGAUCUGACGCAUAUCAAACUAUUAGUUCGCUAUUAGGUGAUCAAUGUUGGGGUGUACGACAUUAUAAGUGCAACCAAGUUUCUUACGUUGUGCUGUUUAUUCAAACAACUAGUGAAAACUCAGUUCCGGCUUUAGACGCUCUAAUUGCAAAAAAAUCGGCCAAAAAAAAAAAAGAAAAACAAGAUAAUAGUGGUAAAGAGAGCUUUUCUUCUGUUGUAACUUUGGAAAAAAAUACCAUAAUACAGCCAGAAUUUAUAGUAGAUUGGGUUCGAGAAACAAUUAAAGACUUUAGUGGACAUCAAGUUGCUUCUGGUUAUAUUAAAAUACAGUUUAAUGUAGAAAAAAGCUUUUUUACUGACCCCAAUACAAAUCCAUAUAAUCAAUAA